AUGUCCCCCGCCAGCACCGCCGCCGGCGGUGGCCCAAACCACCGCUCCACCGCUCCCCUCUCUCUGAAAACAGAAACCAAGCCUCUGCCCUUGAACGCAGCCGAGAUGAUUGAUCCCUUAGCCUCAUCCUCGUUGGGCCCCAUUCGCGUUGACGGGUCCGAACACGACGCCGCCCUAUCCAAUUCGGAGUUCCUGACCCGAUCCGAAGUCCUUAAUCGCCGAUCCCGCAGGGUGAAACAGCUUGCUCGGAUUUAUCGCGACCACUACUGGGCGUUAAUGGAGGAGCUAAGGUUGAAGUACAGGGAGUAUUAUUGGGAGUACGGGAAAAGCCCUUUCGUGGAAGAUGAGGACGACGAGAAGGUCAAUGCGCACCGCGGGGAUUCCGCUGCCUUACCUGGUGAAAAUGUGAAUUUAGGGGUAACUGGUGGUGGUAAGGUUAGCGGUAGGUGUGAGGUCCAUGGGUGCAAGGCCAAGGCGAUGGCAUUAACGAGGUUUUGCCAUAUGCACAUAACGUCUGAUGCGAAGCAGAAGCUUUACGAGAGUUGCACUUUCUCCAUAAAGAGUUCCACAACAGGACCAAUACUCUGCGGGAGGCCGUUAAUGAAAUCGACGGUCCCUCCAUAUUGCCCUAUGCACUUCCAAAAGGCAGAGAACCAUAUGGUGCGUGCUCUCAAGAAGGCUGGUCUCAAUGUGUCCUCAACGAGCAAGCUCACACCAAAGCUCCAUGUCAUAGUUGCGGAAUAUGUCCGCCAGAUCCAGAACAAGAGACGCGCUGCAAAAAAAGCCAAUCUUGAAAGUGCCGGUAUUAAGGAGGAAACCAACUCGUGA